UGCAUUUUGAAGAUAAGUGUUAAACGAAGCGUCUUAUUUUUGUAGGACACUAAACAUGAAGUUAUCAAUCCUAUUUGUUGCUGUCUUGACUAUCAUCACGUCUGGUAUAGGAGGUAUUCCAAGCUGGAGGCGAGCAUGUCCAGAUGGCUUUUGGGGUGAGUCCUGCACUCAGCCAUGUGUAAACUGUGAAGAAAAUAAAUGUGACAAAUUUUUUGGAAGUUGCACGUGCAAAUUAGAAUGGGCUCAGCCAGAAUGUACAACAUGUUCAGAUGGCCUUUGGGGUGAGUAUUGCACUCUGAAAUGUGGUUACUGUGAAAAAUAUCAAUGUGACAAAGAUACUGGAGAUUGCUCGUGCCAGACUGGAUACGUUCCGCCAAAAUGUAAAGUCUGUGCAAUUGGAUAUUGGGGUCAGUUUUGCAAGAAAUGUGGACAUUGUAAAGGGUCUUCCUGUGAUAAAACGACUGGAAGUUGCCAGUGUGAGACAGGAUGGGCUGGACAGAGGUGUACAGGCUGUGCAGAUGGAUAUUGGGGUCAGUCUUGCAAGAGGUGUGGAGAUUGUAAAGGGUCUUCGUGUAAUAAACAGACUGGACAUUGUACAUCAUGUGCAGAUGGCUUUUGGGGUCAGUCUUGCUCUAACAAGUGUGUUAACUGUAAAGGAUCUAAAUGUGACGGGGGUACAGGGAGAUGCACAUGCAAGUCUGGGUGGGCUCCGCCAAAAUGUACAGUCUGUGCAAAUGGAUAUUGGGGUCAAUCUUGCAAGAAAUGUGGAAAUUGUAAAGGGUCUUCAUGUGAUAAAAAGAUUGGAAGUUGCCAGUGUGAGACAGGAUGGGCUGGACAGACAUGUACAGACUGUGCAGAUGGAUAUUGGGGUCAGUCCUGCAAGAAAUGUGGACAUUGUAAAGAGUCUUCCUGUAAUAAAGAGAAUGGACAUUGUACAUCAUGUGCAGAUGGCUUUUGGGAUCAGUCUUGCUCUAGCAAAUGUGGUAAGUGCAAAGGAUCUAAAUGUGACAAAGCUGCUGGAAAAUGCACGUGCAAGUCUGGAUGGGCUCCUCCAAAAUGUACAGACUGUGCAGAUGGAUAUUGGGGUCAGUCGUGCAAGAGAUGUGGAGAUUGUAAAGGGUCUUCCUGUAAUAAACAGACUGGACGUUGUACAUCAUGUGCAGAUGGCUUUUGGGGACAGUCUUGCUCUAGCAAAUGUGGUAACUGUAAAGGAUCUAAAUGUGACAAAGGUUCUGGAAGAUGCACAUGCAAGUCUGGAUGGGCUCCGCCAAAAUGUACAGUCUGUGCAGAUGGUUAUUGGGGUCAGUCUUGCAAGAGAUGUGGACAUUGUAAAGGGUCUUCCUGUAAUAAACAGAAUGGACGUUGUACAUCAUGUGCAGAUGGUUUUUGGGAUCAGUCUUGCUCUAGCAAAUGUGGUAACUGUACAGGAUCUAAAUGUGACAAAGGUACUGGAAGUUGCACGUGCAAUUCUGGAUGGGCUCCGCCAAAAUGUACAGCACCUAUUGCAACCACGCCAACUACGACGCCAGGAAAUGGUUCUACAGUUGGUCCAACCACGCCAGACGGCAAACCGCCGAGUUUCUGGAUUAUAAUUGCGAUAGUGGUUUUCUGCAUUCUGAGUCUGCUUGUAUCACUAUGUGUAUAUAUGGCAUUGAGGCGAAAAAAACAGAAAGACGAAGAAAAUCCAGAGACGCCAUACAUGAUAAUGGAAAAUGAGAACAAGAAAAACAAGAUGAACAAACACAAGAAACACGGAAAACACGGAAAACACCACGCAAGCAAACACCAUAAAAAAAGCAAACCACAUAAAAAAAGCAAACCACAUAAACAAAACAAAAAUAAAAAACCCAAAAAACACCAAAAAACAAAAAAAUCAAAAAGCAAACCCACAGGAAAAUCUCACAAGUCUAAAAAGCAAUAGAGAACCGGCAGAAAUGACCUGGAGUAUGUAUUGUCAACAGUAUGUGGGCAGUGCGGUUAAAGCAGUGAGGAAAAUUACAGCCAGAGGAGUUGCGGGUGGGGGUGUACCUCGCCCGCCAACUACCAGUCACACCAACCACACCUGAUUUUUAUUCUUACCCGAAAAUGACAUCCAAAAGUGCAAAAUGACUGAAUAUCUCAAUUUGAUAUACUGGACUUUUGAAAUUGUUAUUAUAAUAUUAUUAUUAUUAAUUAUUAUUAUUAUUAUUAUUAUUAUUAUUAAAUUAUAUAAAACAAA